AACAUAAACAUUAAGAAAAACAAUUCCCGAGCAUAUUCUUGUUUCUUAAAAGAGGAAAAAAAGAAAUUAUUUAUUAUUUAAUUCCAAGUCUUCCCUCCCCAAUCCCAUCUUACCUCUAUAUAUUAACCACCACCACCACCAGCAUCACCACCGCUGUCUUCUUCCCAUAUCAUAUCUUGCUACACCCUUUUGGCUCUGCUAUUUCUAUUCAUUAAAGCAAAGCUAUGGCUAAAUUACUGGUCACCCUUUUCAUCCUAACCCUCUUUGUUUCCACUUUAUCCUUUGCAGCUCGCACUGCUCCACCUUUCCCUGCAAAUACCCAACAACAACAAGCUCAGGGUGUUGUUGAAGUUGAAGAUAGCUGUGAAGGAGUUGCGGAAGAAGAGUGUUUGAUGAGAAGAACUCUUGCUGCUCAUACUGACUACAUCUAUACUCAAAACCACAAUCCAUGAGCUUCAAAUUUCUUGUUUUUUCUUUAGCCAUCAACCCACUACAUAUAUAUAUGUAUGUAUGUAUAUGCUUGUUGUUGUUGAUUAUGAUUUAAUUUAAUAACAUAAUCAAUCAGAGGCUUUUUUCCCCCCUA